AUGGUCCAACAUUUUGUCAGGCAGAUGCAAUCUGAAUUUGAGAUGAGUCUUGUUGGUGAAUUGACUUACUUUCUUGGUCUUCAAGUCAAACAAAUGGAUGCUAAUAUCUUUAUCUCUCAAAGCAAGUAUGCUAAGAGUAUAGUAAAGAAGUUUGGCAUGGAAAAUGCAAGUCACAAAAGGACACCUGCACCAACCCACUUGAAGUUAACUAAAGAUGAAAAAGGAGUGUAUGAAAGAUAUCAAUCUGAGCCUAAAAAGAGUCAUAUUACUCAAGUGAAACGGAUCCUGAAAUACAUCAAUGGGACUAGUGACUAUGGAAUGUUGUACUAUCAUAAUGCAAAUUCCAUGCUUAUAGGAUACUGUGAUGCAGAUUGGGCAGGUAGUGCUGAUAAUAGAAAGAGAAAUUUUGGAGGAUGUUUCUUCUUGGGAAAUAAUCUUAUAUCUUGGUUCAACAAGAAGCAAAACUGUGUGUCAUUGUCAACGACUAAGGCCGAAUAUAUUGCAGCAGAAAGCAACUGCUCUCAAUUAAUUUGGAUGAAACAAAUGCUAGAGGAAUAUAAUGUCCAAUAA